AUGCCAGCAGCUGGUGCAGCCGCGCCGGCUGUCGAUGAGGGAGCCGGUCAGCCGCAGGAGGACCCGGAAUUACCGGAACAACGUCCUCGCGAGGGUGGACGAUCCAGCUUCAUGAGACCUCUGGUGGUGUUAGCCCUACCCGGAAUGUAUCUCUUCUACAAGUACAAUCAGUAUAGACAGGAGCAACGCGAAUUGUCCCGUAGAAGAGUAACCGAAAGGGAACUUCAACAUCUUCACCAUAAAAUCGACAAAUUGCUCACAAAACUAGAAGAAAACGAACCAGAGUUGGCAUCUUCACAGGAAGAUGAGUGCGUCAUAUGUGUGAAUGCGAGGGCGACGAUGCAGACUGCGCCAUGUGGGCAUCGAGUGGUUUGCAGACGCUGCUUUGUCAAGACGAUACAAAUGGCGGUGUCUCAGAGGCUUUUGCCACUGAGAUGCGUUAUAUGCAGAGCGAAAAUCCUACGAUUGAAGCAGACUUACAUUCCUCCGCGUGAUUAUUUGCCGGGUAAAUCUUGGAUAUUCCCUCAAAGCUCGUCAGAAUAUAACAUGGGCACAGGAGCCGGUAUGUCUAGAUCUGCUAGCAGGUGGGGAACCGCAACUACUAGAAGUGUACCAGCCUCUGCCUCUUUAUACUCGAUGGCCAGCGGUUCGUCAUCAGUUUCUGGAGUGUCUUCCGUUUCUUCGGCAACUUCCUCGACCGCGCGUAGCAUCUCUCUCAGCAAACCGACUAGGGCAACGAGGAUACGACAACCCACAGGCGCCACUCUCAGACGUUCCCAGACGCAAUCAAUGAAAAUGCGAAUUCAAUCAUACCAAGAUCCUAUUCAACAAAUCCCCGAAGAGGAGGAAAAUUUGCGGGAAAAUCGGGAACGCCGAUUGCCCCCCAUCCGUGAAUUCCAGAGGGAUUAUCGUGCUGGUAAAGCCUCCACUAGAAUCAGAUGUGCUCACAAGAUUGUGACACAGAUGGAUAUACCGCCGAGCUCAAGAAGCAUAUCCGCUAUUACAUCGUCGGCAUCAUCGGCAUCGUCGUGCAACCGCGCCAUGUCUAAACGACCAAUGACAAUGCCGAAGGUGUCGGUGGUCCAAGAGGUGCAGAAGUCAAAGAAAGAAAAGGAACAGGAGAAGGAACGCGAAAAAGCAGAGAAGGCCCGACAGAAGGAAGAAGAGAAGGCCGAAAAAACUAGACAGAAGGAAGCCAAGAAGCUGGCGAAGGAAGAGAAGAAGAGAGCGAAGAAAGAAACAAAAGCACGGCGGAAGGAAGCCGAGGAAGUUCCUCUUUUGACGGACUAA